AUGUCGUGGCAGGUUUACGUCGACGAUCACUUGAUGUGCGACAUCGACGGCCACCAUCUGGCCUCCGCGGCCAUUGUCGGUCACGACGGUAGUGUGUGGGCCCAGAGUUCCGCCUUCCCUAAGUUCAAGCCUGAAGAAAUUACGGCGAUAAUGAAAGAUUUCGAUGAGCCAGGGUCUCUUGCUCCAACUGGAUUACAUCUUGGUGGCACAAAGUACAUGGUUAUUCAGGGCGAGGGUGGAGCUGUCAUUCGUGGAAAGAAGGGCUCUAGUGGCAUUACUGUGAAGAAAACCGGCCAGGCUCUGGUUUUCGGUAUAUAUGACGAGCCCUUGACUCCGGGACAAUGUAAUAUUAUUGUGGAGAGGCUGGGAGACUACCUGAUUGACCAGGGGCUGUAG